UGAGCAAAGGCAAUUGUGCGACACCCUGCGCUGCUGUAUGAGCUGCAUGCCCUCCUCUCCUAGCGGUGGUUUCGUGUUACUGAAUAAUAUCGGACAGAGACUCACACAAGCCGGGAGUGAGACAGAGAGAGAAGCGGGGAAGGACUGAUUGAGAGAGGGGACACGACGAGCAUCUCGUUCCAAUGAAACCCCAAACAGCGUAACGAUGACGGCCAAAGGCAGACAUAAAGCGGUCCCUUUCCCCCUGGCCCACCGGCUGACCAUGAAGGAAGUGUUUGAUUCGGAGGGGCGGCCGCGGGUGGACCUGCUCAAAGCUCACCUCACAAAGGAGGGCCGGCUAGAGGAAGCUGUGGCCCUGCGCAUCAUCGAUGAGGGCGCCGCCAUCCUGCGCCAGGAGCGCACCAUGUUGGACAUCGAGGCACCAGUCACGGUGUGUGGAGAUAUCCACGGCCAGUUCUUCGAUCUGAUGAAGUUAUUCGAAGUGGGAGGUUCUCCUGCCAAUACACGCUACCUCUUCCUUGGGGACUAUGUGGAUAGGGGCUACUUCAGUAUUGAGUGUGUGCUAUACCUGUGGUCACUGAAAAUCCUCUACCCAAAGACGCUCUUUCUUCUACGAGGGAACCAUGAAUGUAGACAUCUGACAGAAUAUUUUACCUUCAAACAAGAAUGUAAGAUCAAGUACUCAGAACAGGUAUAUGAUUCCUGCAUGGAAGCAUUUGAUUGCCUUCCCCUGGCAGCGCUGAUGAACCAGCAGUUUCUCUGUGUGCAUGGGGGGCUCUCACCAGAAAUCCACACACUGGACGACAUCAAGAAGUUGGACCGAUUCAAGGAGCCCCCAGCAUUUGGGCCUAUGUGCGACCUGCUGUGGUCUGAUCCCCUGGAAGACUUUGGCAACGAGAAGACCCAGGAGUAUUUUGGCCACAACACAGUCAGAGGAUGCUCCUACUUCUAUAGUUAUCCUGCAGUGUGCGAGUUCCUACAGACCAACAACCUGCUGUCGAUCAUCAGAGCACAUGAAGCCCAGGAUGCUGGAUAUCGCAUGUACAGGAAGAGUCAGACUACAGGCUUCCCCUCCCUCAUCACCAUCUUCUCUGCUCCUAACUACCUGGAUGUCUACAACAACAAAGCGGCAGUGUUAAAGUAUGAGAACAAUGUGAUGAACAUCCGUCAGUUCAACUGCUCUCCCCAUCCCUACUGGCUGCCCAACUUCAUGGACGUCUUCACGUGGUCGCUGCCUUUCGUAGGAGAAAAGGUGACUGAGAUGCUGGUCAAUGUCCUGAGUAUCUGCUCAGAUGACGAACUCAUGAACGAUGGAGAGGAAAUCUAUGAUGCCAGCGCAGCAGCAGCAAGGAAAGAGGUUAUCAAGAACAAGAUCAGGGCCAUCGGGAAGAUGGCCAAAAUGUUCUCUGUGUUACGGGAGGAGAGUGAGAACGUUUUGACCCUGAAGGGACUGACUCCUACAGGCAUGCUUCCCAGUGGGGUUCUGUCCGGGGGCAAGCAGACCCUGCAGAGUGCUACCAUUGAGGCCAUUGAAGCUAUCGAGACAGUUAAGGACGAUGAAGCCAUCCGAGGCUUCUCUCCGCAGCACCGGAUCAGCAGUUUCGAGGAGGCCAAAGGUCUGGACCGGAUCAACGAGAGGAUGCCACCUCGACGCGACGCUGUCAACAGCGUGGGCCUGUCGAUGGGCCGCAUGAACAUGGGCGAGCCCAAUGGGACCGACAACAACAGCAAUAUCCAGUGAUGGACAGAAAAUCGACUCCCACCUGCCUGCAAUCUCUACAGUGAUACCAUAUUUAUUCAGUUGUGUACAUAGGCAUAUAUACACAAGAGAAAUGCAAUGCACAUACACUUAAUAGACAGCAUCAAACUACACAUACAUGAUUAAAUAGCCUCUUCCCUGUUGCCCUCAGCUGUUAUUUAGAGGCAUAAGCGACUUUACCACAAAGAGUCUGAGGGUCUUUCCUGAACUGAUCGGCCCAGUUCUUCAGAACUAAGACUCCCCCUUAUCUGUACAACAACAGGAGAGGAACUCUGAGAGCAGAUCAGGACUCUGAGGAGAGCUGCUGUUGUUUGUCCUAUGCUCGGGGAUCACCAGUGGGUUUGAUGGUGUCAGCUUGAUGUGCCUGCAUCAGUAGGUUGGUGGGUGUGUGUUGUUUGGGGAGGGUGGGCGGAACCAGGCGAGGGGCAGGGAGGUAGCAAUCAGGGCCAGAAGCAUUUCAGUUUGAACAGCUUCUUUUUUUCCAGAUUGAAUCUAAAUGAAAGGGAGGGGAAGCAGACCUAAGUUGAUUUUUCUAGAGCUGUGGAUAUGCUUGUCUGUGUGUGUGUGUUCACACAUACACUUUUACCUGUGUCCGUAGAGAGUUUGAAAAAGUUUUUUUUUUUUCCAUGUUUGCUGCUGGCAUCAUGAGAAUCAAGUCUUGCCUGGUGAGGUGUUAGGAGAUAAUCUCCGCUGCAAUUUAAUCUGAGCCCAUGUUUUCCUUUUCUUCUGCAGAGGAGAUUUGCUUUUGUAGCUCCACACCAUACACAUCCUCCACUUAGAGUCGAGUGGAGGAUUCCUACCCCUCAGUCCCCUCAUCCAGACCUCUGGUUCCCUGCCAACUUGGCACUUGAGAAAGGCUUGAAGACCAUCUCAUGUUUGAGCGGCCCUCCCCACUAUCUGGUGCAUGUAAAUACAUAGAGGUUUUAUCACAGGGUGCAAGAUGCAGCACAGUAGACGAACAGUGCUUUAUAUAUGUGUGUGAGGAAGCUGGGGGAAGGGGGGGGGGGAGUUAAAAAGUGAAGUCAUGCUCUUCAUCCUCUUUUUUUUCCUGUGUUGCUGUCUGCUGCCAAUCAGCAGCGAUGGCCAAGAACCACCGGCCUCAGAAGCAGGAAGUGACCAUUCUGAGGAAACAGACUCAUCUGGUGAAGGAAGCGGCCAAAGCAGUGAGAACAAGUGUGAGGAUUAAGGUCUUUGUAAAGCAUUUAUAUGAACGCAUCAAUGCAUGCAAAGUUAAGUUCUUUGAUAAUAAUGUGAAGAGUAUCUUUGUGCUAUGUGUUUCACUAUGGUAGGAAGUUUUUGUUUCUUCUGGGUUUUCUGGCUAAUAUAAGCAAACAGAGGUAUAAUGAAUCGAUUCUUUUGUACAUAUUGUUAAUUUAAUUAAUUUUUUUCUAUUAUUUUGUGCUUCGUUUUGUUUUUCAUAGCUUGUGUUAUUCGGUAUGUUUGGAUGCUGUACAGAAUGACUGUACACAUUUAUUCAGAGUGUCAAGUCCACAUUCUCUCCUCUUUUUCUUCAACCAUUGUACAGGAGUUGUUUUUAACGAUAAACACAAAUAUUAAACUGGCAUCGAUGAAUGACCAUUCUAUAUACCGAGGCACAGGUAUUCAGGCAGCCGAAAGCAUGAUUGCAUGGUUAAAAGUUGCGCUGUUCAGAAGCAACAAGCAGCAGACACAUUCUAACAGAUGCGCUGGUGUGUCACAAUUUAACGGAAAAAACGUGUACUCUGUUUCAUCAUUGAUGAUUUCUCUUGUUAUUUGAUUAUAUUUAUGAUUCUAUGAUUAUUAUGGUUCUAUUUAUUAUGGACAUUAUUCUUAAUAUGUAAGCUUUCUCUCUCUCUCUCUCUCUCUCUGCUGGUUGCUCUUCAUGUCGCAUUGCUCCUUGGUUGAUCUUGUGCUUCUUUGGGUGAGGCGAACCCCCCUGGGAGACCCUGUGCCAUAGAAAUUGUGCCACGGUUCUGAAUCUUUUUCUGUCUUUUCAAAAUUUUUUUUUUUUUUUCUUGUUGGUUCUCUUUGUUUAUUUCUGUUCUGGCUGUUAUUUUCUUGUAUGCUUCUUUUGCUUUAUUUGUUCCUUUUGUUUCUUUUUU